AUGUUCAUGCAAACAGAAUCAAAUUUCUUUUUCGUGAGAAAAGACUGUCAGUUGUCAAAGAAGGGAACCCUAUGUGCGGAGCCAGAUCCAACCAUCUCACCAUGUCUAUCCGCGGGUCACUGUGAUGGUAAGUCGCCAGUCUGCCCAGGACCUCUGCCUGCAUCUGAAUUGGGCCGUCGCUGCCAUGAGCACGGGCAUUGUCUCAACGGCGUCUGUUUGCCCUUCUGCUCGCGCCUCGGCCUCCAUACCUGCAUUUGCGAUAAAGGUAGCUUUGUCUUAUUUUACCUUGCCACACAUUGUCAUAUUUUAUUCUUUUAUUGUGUAAGGUAUGAAAUGAAUCAUGCAACGGUGGUAAAUACUUCAGAACUGGUGACAAUGCACCUAGAGAAUAACCGACCUUGUGCAGUGGGAUUUUGUCGCAGCGGUAUUUGUGUGGAAUCGAAAACGCAACGAUUGGGACGACUAUGGCCUCUAUUUCUUUCAACCGAGGCAUGGAGUAGGUAUUUUGUUUUAAGCGGAUCUUAG